UAUCUCUUCAAUCUUCAGAAGUCUUUUGGCCUCUGUUCUCCCAUUUGUUUUAUCACUGAGCUAAACAAACACUUGGAUCUCUCCUUUAUCUCUCCCUUCAGACAUUCAGGUCGUGUUUCCUUUCGAUGCGGUUCAAAUUCAAAGCACGAAGCUUUAGAAGGGGCAAGCAUCUUUCUUUGCGAUUCUGUUUCAUCGGCUAGGUUUUUCUUCUCUUCGCGUCCCUCUUCACGGAUUAGUUCACUGUCGGAUGAUCUGCUGUUAAAGAUUCUCUCAUCGCUUCGUACCAAAGAUGUCCUUUCAACUAUGUUUCUCUCCAAACGAUGGAAGUUUCUUUGGACCAUGGUUCCAAAACUCGAUUUUGAACAUGGUACUUCUUGUUACGAUGAUACUAAAGAAGAGUACACGAGAUUUUGUCAAUACGUCGACAGGUUUCUGGUGUUGCACAAGUCUCCGGUUCUUGAAACUCUAAUGUUCAACAUUGGUUUCUUGUCCACCACUAAUGAUAUGUCGACAUGGGUCAGAAUCGCAAUUGCUCGCCGUGUGCGUGAACUCGAAAUCAACCGUUACGACGUUGAUAAGUCAUUCGAACUGCCAGCGUGUCUAUACACAUUUGAGAAUCUUGUGGUCUUGAAACUUUAUAAAUCGAUUCUUGUGUAUGUUCCUGAUGAUCUCGAGGUCUCGCUUUCUUCUCUCAAAACGCUGCACCUUCUGUGUGUGGAGUAUGAAAACGAAGAAUCGCACCGCAGGCUUUUAAGGGGUUGUCCUGUUCUGGAGGAGUUGGUUGUGGACCAAACUGAUAACUGGAGUGUGCGAUCAUCCUCUGUUGUGAUCCCUUCCUUGGAGAGAUUAUCUGUACUUAAUCAGUAUAGGGAUUAUGAGGCCUACACUGAUAAAUUAGAACAUGAGUCUUACAACGAUAGAGUUACCAUUAAUGUCCCGUCUUUGAAGUACUUGGACUACGUUGAUAUCGUUGACUAUGGUCAUUUGUGUUUGAGUGAAGAUAUGCCCGAGUUGGUGGAGGCACAUGUUAAAAUUGUUUGCAAAAAUCCUGUGAAGCUCAUGAGGUCUCUUACAGCAGUCAAACGCCUCUCUUUAUGUUUGUUUAAUCAUUCAAUGGUUCAGCAUCGCAUUGGAUUCGAUCAGCUUGUUCACCUAGAGCUAUGUGGAUGCAGCCAAAAGUGGUGGGAUCUACUUACUUGGAUUCUCAAAAGUUCUCCUAAACUACAAGUUCUCAAGCUCAACCAGUGUCAGGAGGAGUGCUUUUGUUCUGCAAAGCCUAUUGAACGUUGGUGGGAAGAGCUGAAUACUUGUCCCAUAAAGCCUAUUGAAGGACGUUGGGGACAGCUGAGUUCCGUUCCUGAAUGUGACGUUUCAUCUCAAUACUUUUGAAUGGAAUUAUUACAAUGGAAGACGGGAAGAGAAGAAACUGGUGGCUUAUAUCCUAAGAACCGCCAAACGGUUAAAAAUUGCAGAGAUCUCUGCAUGGGAUUUGGAUCCAGAAGAGGAAUCUCAGAUACUCAAGGAGGUGGCUUCUUUGCAUAGGGCAUCAAAGUCAUGUAAGCUUUUGUUGGGUUCUUAAAAUACAAGAUGGUACUAGUAGUCUGUCCCAAUAAAACCUAGUAGCGUCUGAAAGAUAGAUGUGUCGGAAAGGGGAAAGCUUGUCAAAUUUAUGUUUUGCUCUUUCAUAUUGCUUCCAUUUUGUUCUUGGAAGCAUCAUGCAACAACAUAAUGUUGAUAAAUAUAACAGCUUCUCAAGAAUGUGGAAAGCUGUUAUAGUAUUUGUAUAUAUUACUUACUUUUUUUAUGUUUAUCAACAUGUAACAACUUCUUGGACGUUUCAUUGUGAUAGUUGUUGUAUUACAGAAGGUUUAUCGACCAACCAUUUUCAUU